AUGUUAGCUAGCGUCAGGAAGUCCGUGGUUUCGUACGCUAAGGCAACUGAGCCGGUAUCUACACCAGUAAAAGGCAUGAGCUCAAGGGAAUUGAAGUAUUCAAGUAGUACCAAGCACACCAAGAUCCCUCCAGCCAGCUCUGACCUUCAGCGAGAAAUUUGGAGUCAGGUGCAAACCACAACUGGUCAAGAUGAACAGAAAGACAAAGUUGGCACCCUUCCUCCUGGUCAUGGUGGCUACGGUGCAGGCGCAGCAACCUGGUGCGCUCCAGUAGCAUCACAUGCCCGGAUAACUGCCCUGAUUUCGUCCGGCCGUGUGUGGCACCAACAAACAUCGCCUACAGGAACGAGUGCCACCUGCAGCUGGCUGCCUGCAAUUCCAACGUCAGGAAAAAGGAAUGACGGACCUUGUGCCACAGCUGAAACACGAGAUUGUGAUCGCACGUGCCCAACAUCUUAUCAGCCUUUCUGCGCCACAAAUGGCGUGACUUACGACAACAGAUGCAAGCUCGCCGUCGCAACCUGCUUGAAUUCAGACAUCAAAGAACGUUACGAGGGAGUGUGUCCUGAGUCUGCAAACAGCGGAGCUGGUGCCCGGCCGGCCAUUCAGACGAGCAGCAAUGGUGCCCGUCCUUCCAUCGGCCAGGCAGUUCGCCCGGUCGUGCAGACCCUGUCAGACUCCUCCAGGCCAGCUGCCGCUCCAGCCCCAGUUGUGAACACCCAGCAGCCUCCCAGGAACUGCGAAGAGAACUGUACUCCUGGCUUCAGACCAGUGUGUGGCACCGACAACCAAGUGUACGGAAAUGAUUGCUUGCUGCGGAUAGCCAUUUGCAAAAACCCCAGGCUUGGAAAGCAGAAUGAUGGUGUCUGCACCAAAGACUGUAACCUCGUCUGCCCUCUGGAGAUCAAUUACGUAUGUGGAAACAACAGAGUAACGUACGUGAACGACUGUGAACUGAUUGUGGCACAGUGCAAAGACCCAGCUAUUCAGAAAGUGUCAGAUGGGCAGUGUGCUGGGUUCCGCAACCCUGAAUGCUCACCCCAGAACUGCGAGCGGAUUGCUAACCCAGUCUGCGGAAGUGACGGCAGAACGUACGAGAACAUGUGCGUGUUGAGGAACCGGGCCUGCGUCGACAACUCUCUUCUGCGGCUUCAUGAUGGAUCCUGUGCCACCCAGAGAUGUGGCGAGGCCUGCCCUACAGUUGCUGACCCAGUCUGCGGUUCGGAUGGGAUUACAUACCCCAACCACUGCAUUCUGAUCAACGAGGUUUGCAGAGCGCGUAGCAAUGUAGUUAAAGCCUACGACGGACCCUGCAGAUCAGAUAGGGGUUAGGGUUAAUAUUCACGAUUUGUUCGUAUAUGUGAAUUAUAAUUUUUUGUAUAUUUUUUUUUUGUCUUACAUGUGGCUCCCAGUUUGAUAUCUGUGAUUUUGUGUUACUAGUUUUGUGAUUGUAUGUAUGUAUGUAUAUGUGCAUUAUAUAUAUGUAUAUAUAUAUGCAUAUACAUAUAGAUAUAUAAUAUGGAUACAUAAAUACAUGCAGAAGACCAAAUGUGUAUAUUAGAAGAGGGAAAUAUUAGACUUCAUAAAAUUUAUUAGUUUAAAAAAAAUUUACAUAAUACAUUCAAAUAAAAUACUGUCGUAAAUGACUUUUCAUUUCAAGUUGAUAAAGAAAAAUUGUUCUGAAGUUAGCUGAAAAAUAUAGAACUGCAUCCAGACUCAGUAUUAUAGGGUUAGUCAUUAUUACAGUUAUAAAUACAUCUGAUGAAAAUUUGAAUCAUUUACUCAAGCACAACUGUAUUUCCAAAUUUUGUAAGCACUAAUCCAAUAUAUAUAAAAAAGAAAGCA